UUUAAAGGGGAGGACUUUUUGUGAACUGAGAUCAGAGUCCAACAGGAGAGAUUCAGAGUAUUCUGGUUGUUGAAGUAAUGGAGUCUCAGUAUCAGCAGUUUGGGCCGAUGGAUCACAGCUCUGUUCGAGGAGAGCACAACACGUCUGCACAAACCGGUAUGAAGAGGAUAGUGUAUUGUGUCUUAUAUGGAGUCCUGGUGCUGCUGCUGUUGAUCCUGCUGAUGAUCACUGGGAUCAAAUUCUCUCAGUUAAACAAGGAAAUCACUGACGUCAAACUCAAUCUUGGGACGUACCAUGAAAGAACUUCAUCGUCCAGUCCAGAUGCAUCUCUGGUGCAGGAGGUCUUUUUACUGAGACUUGUUCCAGUUAGAGGAACAUGUCGGGAGGGCUGGGUGUCUUUCCGGACGAGCUGCUACCGGCUGUCAUCCACGGCCGCCACCUGGAGCAAAGCAGAGGAGCAGUGUCGGGGACAAGGAGGACACUUGGUGGUUCUGAAUGAUGUCGAGGAGCUGGACUACAUUUCAAAAGUAGUUGAUAUCAAAUAUAACUAUUGGAUCGGACUGGUGGAGCGAGAUCACGAGGGACAAUGGAGCUGGGUGGAUGGAACCGACUUCAAUUCAACGCCGACCUUCUGGGACAACGGUCAGCCCGACAACUGGGACUACAGAGAGAACGGAGAGGACUGCGGGCAGAUUCACGCUUCCGAGAGACGCAAACGCAAGAUGUGGAACGAUGCGGACUGUCAUCUGUCGUAUAAAUAUGUCUGUGAGACAAGAGCGUGAGAGACAGAGAACCGCCGUGGUGUGAAGUAAUGGCUCAAAUGAACAAUGAUGGAAAUGAAUCUUUUAUAUAUCAGUUUAAUCAUUUUGCAUGUUCACAAGAUGGAUACAAAUUGUACUGUAUACACAAGACGCAUGUGAGGUCUUGUUGUUGAAUAAUACAGCUAGAAAUGACUGUGAAUGCAGUUGAGUUUUUAUUGAUUCUUUCAUGUACUUGUGGUCUUGCUGGAGUCGUCACACACAGCAUUGAAACAAACAGCACUCCAUAACACAAAGAUAUUCAGAGUACAAAAACAGAAGAAUUGUAUUUCUUACGUAUUUGUUUUGGUGGGACGUCAUCUCGUAUUCACACUCAUUUCCAGUUUGAAGUUCCUUCAAACAGAAACACAGAUAAAAGAAGACAAAAAUACAGUUGAAAAACACAUUUUUGUUGAGCAACUACUGGAUUUUAUUACUACUAGGUCAAUUCAUCCAAACAGCAAUGCCAGAACUAUGAAGCCAUGUUGUUUCAGUGCUUUGAGCAGACACUCACGGGCUAGGGAGGCUGAGCAGCAGGAGGAUGACGAGGUUGCAGGUUGAGGACGAAGGAUCAAAAGCUAAAAAGCCUGAAGCCGACUUCUUAUCUUGCGGCAGGUCUUUUUUUGGCUGAUAGGUGAGAGUCACCACAUCGCUUACUACUUCAUUAUGCAACUUCUAUUUAUGCACAUGUAGCAACAGCAGGUAUAGUAAUACAGACACACACUAAAGCUUUUUCCAUACAUUUUGGUUCAUCAGCAUUACAGUUUGUGUCAUGUUCCCAGUGUUUGUUGUUUUAUUUUCUUAAGUAACCGAGCUUGGUGGCCAAUGGAAAAGUCUUGGGAACUCUGAUAAGGGCUCGCUAUUUGCACAGCUGUGUGUUAGAACAUUACAUUAAAGUCCACUUCUGUUUAGAGGAGGAAAAUGCAAACCUGAGUAGGCCAGAGUG